AAUAUAAUCAUUGGAAAGUUAAAGUUAAGAAAACGGUCGCCAUUAUGUUUAGGUGAAGAAGUUGGAAAGGUGAUCCUGAUGUUGUUGAACUACACUAAACGACACGACAACAACGUCGGAUAUUGUACAGUAAAUCAUAGAAAACUCAAGUUUACGUGUGCGAUUUUUACGAAAGCUUCAAUACUAGUUGAAGCUUUCCAGGUUGUGUUCAUGGAACUAUGAACCUAGAUUCGUUGUCUUUUGCUUUGUCUGAUAUAAGUUAUUCUAUUGCUAAUUUAACGAAAAAGAAUUACAAGACAAGUGUACAAGAAAUUACACGUCUUGUAGCCCAGCACGGGUUAGAGGCAGAAAGGCACCUCCUACGUUGCUUAUUUUCACAUGUGGAUUUCAGUGGUGAUGGUAAAAGUAGUGGAAAAGAUUUCCAUCAGACACAGUAUUUGAUUCAGGAGUGUGCGACUUUAAUAAGCAAGCCAAAUUUUAUAUCUGUGUUUUGUUACGCCAUCGACAAUCCACUUAAUCAUCAAAAGAGCCUAAAACCAUCGUCUCAACUUCUUUCACAGUUAAGUAAAGUAUUGAAAUUAAAUCGGAUUCAAGAAGUUGUAUUUGGUAUUGCGUUGUUAUAUUCAUCUAAUUCAGAAUUGAGACUUCACGCAGUACAAUUUGUUAAACAAAAGCUUCCAGAUCUUUUAAGAGCAUAUAUUGAUUCAGAUUCUGGACCAGUUCAAGAAGGCGGACUUAACGAUUGUCCUCCUGAAGUGCUUCAUUUUUUGCUUACUCAUUUGCUUCAAGGUCCCAAAGAUCAAUUUGGUAUUGGCAUAGAACAAAAAGAAGCUUUUUUAAAUACAUUAAGAAAAGAUUUUCCUCGUGACAGAGUACCUGUUGUUUUGGCUCCUGUACUCUAUCAAUACAAACUCGAUACAAUAAUGGAUACAUUAGGUUCAGAUUCUUCUUCUUUGUCUAAAACGGUUGAAGGUUCAAUAUCAGAACUUAUUAGAGAAAUAGGUUAUGGCUUCACAGCAAGGUUUCUCAGAAAUAACACGUUGAUGGAAUUGGAAGAAAAUAUUGCAAAAUACUUUCCUUCUAUAAAUAGUAUGAAUACUGGAAAUGGUUCAUUAUGGAAUGAUAAUAAAGAAAAACCAGAAGGAGGUCAAAUAACUACAUGGAAUGUUGAUAUAUUUAUACAAGCUCUUCAUGAAAUGAAUCCAUCACUGGACUGGAAAGAAGUGAUAUAUGAAUUAGAUCAUCCUGGAUUUAUUUUAAAAGAUAGACAAGGAUUUAAAUUAUUAUGGCAAGCUUUAAUGCAUGGAUUGGGAUGUAACAGUUUUCCUGUAGAACACUUAUUUAGACAGUGGAGGAAUGCAGAGGGUCAACUUUCAUUAUUUCAACAAAUACUUACUAAUUAUGACAUGGUUUCUUUAACAACAUUUAAUUGUCGUUUGAUAAACACAGAAGUUUUGAAAGCACCUCCUGAAGAUGAUUCUCCAGCAAUUGGAAAUUGGAAGUGUCUUGAUUUGAUUGGUACAUUAUUAUAUCUUUCUGAUGCUGGUUACUAUGCACAAGUUCAAGAGAUUUUCAAAUUUCCAAUGCAACAUUGUCCUGAUUUACUUGUACUUGGUUUAGUUCAGUUACAAAAUCCUAUAGUUAUGUUACGACAAGAAUUAUUAACAUCCUUGAUGCCAAUCUUUUUGGGGAAUCAUCCAAAUGGUGCAGCAGUUAUUCAUUAUGCAUGGAACUAUCAGACUCAUACCAGUUUUGUUCGACCAAUCAUUAUGCAUGCCAUGGCUGAAUGGUAUUUACGGGGAGAUCAUGACCAAACCAGAUUGUCACGUAUUUUAGAUGUAGCACAGGAUUUGAAAGCUCUUUCUGUUCUGCUUAAUGGAAGUUCAUUUCCAUUUGUGAUUGAUUUGGCGUGUUUAGCAUCAAGAAGAGAAUAUUUGAAGCUUGAUAAAUGGCUCACUGAUAAAAUACGUGAACAUGGGGAAACAUUUGUAAAAGAAUGUGUUGCUUUUUUAAAACGCCGAUGUCCACAGAUAUUAGGAGGAAUGGUUAAAGAAGAAACUUUACCAAAGAGUGCCCAACUUCCACCAGAAACUUUAGCAACAAUGCUAGCUUGUCUUCAAACUUGUGCUGGAAAUGUGGCUCAGGAAUUAUCAGAGACAAUUUUGACUAUGGUUGGAAAUUGUAGUAUUCUUCUGAAUAAACCUAGACAGCCUCCACCAGGAGUAGUUAAAACAGCACGUGGUUUAGAACCAGCUUUUUCAUCAUCGGCUAUUAAUACACCAACUAAUUCGCUAGAAGCACUAAGUGGUCUUGGUGCAACAGUAGCAGGUUUAUCAUUGGGCUCUUCCAGUAAUAGUGGAAAUAGUGCUGCUCCUAUAUUUCCCCUCAGUGGAAGUCUUAAUUCUUUCCCAAAUGCUACUUCUGGUUCUCCAGCCAAAUUAUUGUCAACACCAGUGCCAUCAACUCCUGCAGUUUCUUCUGUUACUCAGAAUCCAUUUUCCAAUAUUAUGCCACCACUUUCUUCACAAUUACCUGGACAGUUUGGUACUCAAUUAGGCUUGAAUACAAGCACAGUGAUGUCAUCGGGUAUAAGUUCGGUUACAACAAAAGCAAUGUUGGGACAACAAAAUGUUGAUAGACUACGUCAAGGAGAUAUGUCAGGUAUUUUUCCUGAUAUGACACAACAAGUAUCAAAAGAAAUAGAAGAUGAAGCCAAUGGUUAUUUUCAAAGAAUAUAUAAUCAUCCUCCACAUCCAACAUUAUCAAUUGAUGAAGUAUUAGAAAUGUUAAAACGAUUUCAGGAAUCUCCAGUUAAAAGAGAGAGAGAAGUUUUCACGUGUAUGAUAAGAAAUUUAUUUGAGGAGUAUCGUUUCUUUCCCCAGUAUCCUGAUAAGGAAUUGUUAAUAACAGCACAACUUUUUGGAGGAAUUAUUGAACAAGGAUUAAUAACGUAUAUGGCUCUUGGAUUAGCAUUAAGAUAUGUUUUAGAUGCUCUGAAAAAGCCACAUAAUAGCAAAAUGUAUUAUUUUGGAAUAACUGCUCUUGAUAGAUUUAAAAGCAGAUUAAAAGAAUAUCCUCAGUAUUGUCAACAUUUGGCAACAAUUCCACAUUUUCAAGAAUUUCCUUCUCACCUAAUUGAAGUAAGUAGUAGUAAUAGUAGUAGUAGUAGUAUUAAAAAUUUGAACAUUGUGUUUUCAAUUACAGAAGAAUUCAAAGAAUUGGUGAAAGAAGAAUAUUAUCCUUGGGUUUCUCAAUACCUUGUAAUGAAACGAGCAUCUAUUGAAGCCAACUUCCAUACCUUAUACUCCAAUUUCCUGGACACAAUAAAAACACCUGAAUUGACAAAAUUAGUUAUUAAAGAAACAUUUAGGAACAUAAAAGUCUUGUUGAGAAGUGAUAAAGGAAUUGCUAAUUUCUCAGAUCGUUCUUUACUAAAAAAUUUAGGGCAUUGGUUAGGAAUGUUAACACUAGCCAAAAAUAAGCCUAUUUUGCAAAUAGAUAUUGAUAUCAAAGCACUUCUAAUUGAAGCUUACCAUAAGGGUCAGCAAGAACUAUUAUAUGUAGUACCAUUUGUGGCUAAAGUAUUGGAAUCUUGUUCCAAAAGCAAAGUUUUUCGACCACCAAAUCCUUGGACCAUGGGAAUUAUGGGCGUAUUAGCUGAAUUACAUCAAGAACAAGAACUAAAAUUAAAUUUAAAAUUUGAAAUUGAAGUUUUAUGUAAAACAUUAAAUCUUGAUAUUAAUGAAUUAAAACCAAGUAUAAUUUUGAAAGAUUUUGAUCGUGCAAAUCGAAUUGAUCCACAGUUAUCACCACUUUCUAAACAAAAGGAAAGUAACUCAGUUCGAGAAAUUCAACAAGUCCAGACGGUCUCAAAUUCUACUCCGUCAACACUCAGUGCCGUUGUCUCUACUGGAACUUCUGAAGAAACUAUUAACUCUGUUGUUGGAGUGACAAGUGGAAAUACCCCUACUCCAUCUGGUACUGCUAAUACAUCAACCCCAGUUCCAACUAGUGUACCUCAACCUCAAUUUUCCUAUCAUGAAAUAAACAUAACAUUAAAUGGAUUAGCUCAACAUAUAAGAAUUAAUGAACAGAUAGCAUUGUUUCAAGCACAUCCUCAUUUGAAACAAUAUAUUAAGCCUGCAGUUGAAAGAGCUGUACAAGAUUGGAUUCCACCAGUUGUUGAACGUUCAAUAAAAAUUUCACUAACAACAUGUGAACAAAUAGUUAAGAAGGAUUUUGCCUUAGAUCCUGAGGAGCAACGAAUGCGUAUUGCUGCACAUCAUAUGGUAAAAAAUUUGACAGCUGGAAUGGCAAUGAUUACAUGUAGAGAUCCCUUACUUUUAUCAAUAAGUGCAAAUCUGAGGUCAGCAUUUACUAGUGCUAUACAGAGAGUUCAAAAUCCUCAGCAAAAAGAAAUAACAGAACAAGCUGCCACAUUAGUAGCACAAGAAAAUGUUGAGCUUGCUUGUUGUUUUAUACAAAAAACUGCUGUUGAGAAAGCUAUUCCAGAAAUUGAUAAGCGACUGAGUGCAGAAUAUGAAGUGAGGAAACAUGCUAGGGGUGAAGGUAGAAGAUAUUGUGAUCCUUUAGUUUUGACAUAUCAAGCUGAAAGAAUGCCUGAACAAAUAAGGCUAAAGGUUGGAGGUGUUACUUCUCAGCAGAUGGCUGUGUAUGAGGAAUUUGCUAGAAAUGUUCCAGGUUUCUUACCAAAUAAUUGUGAAAGAGAAUCCUCAUCUUCCUCAGCAUCAACAUUUAUUACAAAACCAGUUCCAGUAUUACAAUCAUAUCCAACUGAUGAUGUGACUCAAAUUUAUGAUAAAGUUUCAUCAGAGCUUGAAAAUUAUGUACAUAGUGUAAUGGUACCCACUAAUAAUCCACAAGUAAUGUCAAUGCAGUGUCUUAUAGAUGGACUUUAUAUGGCUCGUAAUUCUCGUGAUGUACUUCCAGCAUUAAGUCUUCUGCGAAAAGCUGUUGAAGGAUUACUUGAAGGACUUACUCAAUCAUUAUCAACUGAUCCUGAUUUAACAAUACGUUUCCGAGAAGGCCAUCUGUUAGUUCUUAAAGCAUUAGCAGAUCCCAGAGUUUAUGGAAUUCAAUGGACAAGUAAACAAGUAACAAGAUGUCUAAUUGAAUGUAGAGAAGAUUUUCGAUAUAAUUUAGAAGCAUUUGAUUGUCUUGUUCGUAGUCAUCUUGUAAAUCUUCAAGCUUAUGACUUGUAUCUUGCUCAGUCUAUGGAAAAUGGACUUAAUUACAUGGCUACAGCAUUUGCUAUCUCACUAGUAAAGAUGUAUCUUAUAGAUGACAGACAAAAUGGAUGUGUAACUGAUGCUGAUUUUUAUAAUACAAUUGAAACAUUGAUGCAUAUUGCUAAUCAUUCAAGACAACCUCCAGAUGGAUUGACUCAAAUGCUAGAGGUUUUAAGAUCUCUGAGUGAUCAAAAUUUUCCUGAACGAAUAGCUGGUGGUCCAAUGUCAAUGAUGCAUUCUGGCAUUACUCAGGCAAGAGAGUUUGAUGAUCCACCAGGAUUACAUGAGAAAACUGAAUUUUUAUUGAGAGAAUGGGUCAAUAUGUUUCAUUCACCUACUGCCGGGAGAGAUAGUACAAAGGCUUUUACUCUCUUUGUACAUCAAGUAAGUAAUAAAAUAAUAUGUGUUUAUAUAAAUGUAUUAUUUGUAAUACUAUUAAAAUUCAGAUACAGUGGAACCUCUAUUUCAAAACUCAAGGAACCCAAAAAAAACAUGACACUGAGUUAUCCAGACUUUUCUUUGAAUCAAAUUUUUUUAAUGUUAUUCUUGAAUAAAAUUGUGACAUUGUCUUAUAUAAUUUCCACCUGUUCAGUUACAAAUGCAUUAAUAUCAGGGCGAAUGGAUCAAGUAUGUAAGUUUUGUAAAGCGAAAAAUUUCAACCCAGCAAAGCAGGUACUUNAUUCGUAUAUAAAAACAAGAAGUCCAGUAACAUUUUUAUCUGAAUUAAGGAGUAGCCUUCAACUGUCCAAUGAACCAGGGCUUAGAUAUAAUAUACCUUUGAUAAAUGCGCUUGUAUUAUACGUUGGUACUCAAGCUAUAACUUAUAUUCAAAGCAAGGGAUUGACACCUAGUAUGAGUACAAUAACACAUUCUUCUCAUAUGGACAUAUUUCAAAAUUUGGCUGUGGAUUUAGACACAGAAGGGCGCUAUUUAUUUCUCAAUGCAAUUGCAAAUCAAUUGAGGUAUCCUAAUAGUCACACACAUUAUUUUAGUUGUACGUUAUUGUAUUUAUUUGCAGAAGCAAAUACAGAAGCUAUACAAGAACAAAUUACAAGGGUUUUAUUAGAACGUCUUAUUGUUAAUCGCCCACAUCCAUGGGGCUUAUUGGUAACUUUUAUUGAACUCAUCAAAAAUCCCACAUUCAAGUUUUGGAAUCAUGAAUUUGUAAGAUGUGCUCCAGAAAUUGAAAAGUUAUUUGAAUCUGUGGCACGUUCUUGCAUGCAACAGAAGCCUUCUACAGAAUCAGCUAGUUCCUGAAAUCUGUAAAUUUUGAAAUUUUGACAACCACCAGAAGUGUUUUGUCUCCUGCUUUCUUAAUUGUGAUUAUUAGGACUGAUACUCAAUUGAAGAAUAGGAGAACUUAACAUUUGCCAUUAUCGUAAUGAGUAAAAUAUGUAUAAAAUAUUGACAAUUUUAUAUAUUGUGAAAGCAUUUGUAAGUAAUUUCUUUUGAAAGGUAAAUAUAAUGUACAAACAUGUUUUAAAAUGUAAAAUAUUGAUUAACUUUGAUAGUUCAGAUUAUUUUUCAUCAGAUGUGCAUUUUUCAUUUCAUCUAAUGUGAUUACAUUCAUAUGUCAUAUCUUGAUAAAAAAAAAGAAUAAGAUUUUAUUUG